UUACUAAAUUUUCAACUUGAACUACUAGUGGAUAUUCCUUCUGCAGAACACAUCUCUAACACAGUUAUUAAAAGGCAACAGGAAAAGAGGAUUUACUCUGAGGAGAUUCAUUCCACUGCACAUGUGGCUGGGUGAGUCUAUUCCAGACAACAGGGUAUCAGUCAAUUUCUGUUGCUAUAUCGAAUACUGCAGAGUGGAUAACUUAUAAAGUACAGAGGUUUAUUUAGCUCAUGGUUCUGAAGACUGAGAGAUCCAAGUUUGGGGGGCCACAUCUGCUGAGGGACUUCUUACUGCUGGUGACUCUCUUCAGAGUCCACAGGUGGCUCAAGGCAUCACAUGGUGAAGGGCUCAUAAGAGACCCACUCUCCUGAUAACUAACCCAUUCCCUUGAUAAUUUAUUAAUCCUUUAAUCCAGGAAUGGAUUAACUCAUUCAUGAGAGCAGAGCCCUAUUACCCAAUCACCUCCUGACCUCCAGUGAUCCACUCGCCUCAGCCUCCCAAAGUGCUGGGAUUACAGGCAUGAGCCACUGUAAUGAGAUGGGAUAAUAAAAUUGGGCAUGGUGGCAUGUGCCUGUAGUCCCAGCUACUCAGGAGGCUGAGGGCGGAAGACCUCAUGAACCCAGGAGGUCAAGGCUGCAGUGAGCUAUGAUUGCACCACUGCACUCCAGCCCGGGCAACAGAGCAAGACCCUGUCUUUAAAACAAGAAACAAAGUGCACCGUGUGUGGAAUCCAGCUUCUGGCGUGUGGACCUGACCUCACUCAGUCCCAUCAGUGAGUGGGAGGCUGCCUGCUGUCUUCCAAAACAUUCCCACCACUAUACCUGUGUUUCUCCUGUGUUCCCUGGCAGGCUAUGUGAGGGGGCCUGUCACCUACUCUCUGGCUUCCCUAAGGCACAGCUCAAACCUUUUUUGCCACUGAGAACCUUCUCCUGAAGAGUCUUACCCACACCCACAGGCCUCCUCAUUUCAGAGCUUUUGGUGGGAGUACAAGAAUUGAGACACUGCUACCAGCUGGGAGGAAUUGUCCCUAGGGUUCGGUCUCUGGAUGGCAUGUGAGGAUCUAGACCAGGACCCAGAUGCCUGUAACCUGAAGGGCAAGGGCCUCGGCUGCCCGGGCUUCACACUGGGAAUGCUCGUUUCCCUGGCUUACCUACUUUGACUCCAAAGGUAAUAAUGCCGACAUCCCCCAUGAGACAGAGUGACAGACUGAGACCAUCGUAGGGUUGCCUGGCUCAGAGUCACCAUAGCCAGGCAGAGCUCAGGUCCUGGCCCUGUUCAAGGCUUUCCCAAAGCCUUUCUAGCUCUGGUACCUGGGUUCUUCCUCACCCAGCUGCAGCUCCCCUGCCCCUUCUACCAGGUGACAGAGAACCUGGCCAGCUGUGACCCAUAGAAAAUUUCACUUUCCUUCUGGUGAGGCAUGAGAACCUGCUUGGGGUGGGAGGGAAGAGGGGUCUGGGGGCCCUCCCAGCCCUGCCUCUGGCAUUUGAAAAACGGCGACUGAGCAGCAGCAUGGUUUCAACUAGACAAAGAGGCCACUAGGUUUAUAGCCUGGCCUCAGACAGCUGCUGCCAUGUCACCUUCUCUUCUGUAUGUGCUGACCUGGCAUCCCACCUAGUUAAAGGUCUUCAGGCCUCCUGCCCCCUGGGCAUUUUCCCCACUCCCUGCCCAGGCACAGCUGUCCUUGUCCUGGACCCAUCUUCAGAGAUGCUUGUCCAGCACACAGCUUUGCUGGAUGUCGCAGGCUGGGCCGGGCCCCCUGCCCUGCACUGACAUCUUUGUGAGUCUCAACUAGACUGAGCUGCAGCUUCAGAAUCAGGACAGGCUCUGACUUAAUUGAUAUGACCCAGGACAAGGGUAUUUCUUGAUGGUGUCAUGUCUGCUUAAGUUCUUGGCCUGUAUGGUCUCUUUAGGGCACAAUGCUCCUCUGUCCCAUGCUUAGGUGCCCACAUGUGGCCACGAGAGCCUUUCCUUCCACCAUCCAUACAUCAGGCUGUUGUCCAGGCAUGUGUGGCUCCAGGCAGAAGCGUGAGUGCAGAGCCAGGCCUGGGCGGAUGUUCCGCAGGUGCUGCAGGAGCUGACAGCCUUGGCCAGGCAGUCCAUGGCCAUCCAUUCCUCUUCACUGCAGUGGGCCCCUAGUCCACCAUCCUUCCAGGGCAAGGCCUGGACCCAAACUGACUUUUGUCUGCCCCUGGUUUCCCUUGUGCCUGCCAGGUUCUUGGCUGAGCAUGAUGGUCCUGCCCAUUUCCUUGAUUAUCCACGAUAAGGUUUAUAGAGCCACUUGGGAACAUCACAUCUGUCUACCAGGUCCUCACCAGAGACAGGACUGCCUUGGGCCAGGCCUGUUGGGACCCAGAUUCAGUGGCUUCAAUCUAGGCAAUGGGCUAAUAGGCAGCUGUCACUGCUCCUCUGCUUGGGGGAUGCAGGAGAGGAAGGUCAGGCAGGAGAUCUGCUUGGCAGCCACCUGUGCCUGUCUCACCUGGCUGCGGGUGCAUUGGAGGCUGAACCCCUUUCUUGAUCUACAGGUGUGGAUUUCAGGUUUCCAAUGGUUGUCAGGGUGUGCUCCAGUGCUCUCCUGGCCCUAGGGAACGCUGGGCUCCAUGAGGCCUUGGCCUAGGCAGGAUUGUUUCCCACACUGUCAUCUCCCCAUACAGUCACCUACCCAAACACUGGGCUGCAGGCUCUGGUAUAUGUAAAAGUUCAAAGGCAAAAGUCAGCCCUUCCGCUCUCCCGGAGUGGGUGGCCCCUCCCCUCUCAGAGUGGGCGGGGACAGGAGUUGCAGGAGCAGCUUUCCUUGGGAUGCCACAGGUCUCUCUGGAGCUGCCUAGCCACGCCUCCUUUCCUUUCAUCUUUCUCAUGACCAAUGGGAUUGGAGCAUGAAGGCCACGCCCCUGUUCUACAUUCUAGUGUGGCCCUGGUUACGCCUCCUCUGUCUCAGACACACAGCUGCCUGGUAGAGGAGUGGAGCUGCUUACCAGUGCUCCUUUGAAUUGUGCUGAUGUGGCCCCAACCCCACCUCCCUCUCCAACCCCACCUCCCUCCCCCAUCCACCAUGUCGAUGUCAGAAGAAAUUCGCAAGAUGAUAGCCUCGGCUAGGAAAAAGUUAAAAGAAUUUCAACAAAGAAACAGCCCUGCUGCUCCAUCUCGAGUGAGAAGAAGAAAGAAAAGAAACAACAGUAGCCGUGAGACAUCCGCUUCUGAUGGUUGCCAGUCACCAUGCCAUUCAGCAGCAGGUGGUCACAAGGAGGGCCCUGCACCGUGUGCCACCAUGAAAGAUCCAGAGCCCUCGAGCCGCCGUGAAGCAGUCCUUGAGCAGCAGGUACAGCAGUUUCUACAGGAGCGGGAACUGCUAAAAGCGCAGGUGGCAGAGGUGACGGAGUGUCUUAAGAAAGCUCAGCUAGAAAGAGACGCUUACGCUCAACAACUCAAAACACAGAAGGCGCAGUGGCAGCAGAAAAUCCUCACAAUGGCAGGAGAAAUUGAAAUAUUCAAAAUGGAGAAAAGUCAAGACGCAAUGAAAAUCGAGAAGCUGAAGGGGAGCCUUGCCCACCUACAAAAUCUUCUGGCUGAACCCCCGAUCCUGAAGCACCGACAGGGCCCUCUGACUUGGAAAGAAAACCUAAAAACUGAAACCAAGUACCUGAGAGAUGAGCCACGGGAACAGGAGAGACUGCAGGAGGCAAAAAUGAGGCUCUGGGAGACGGAGGUGCCAUUUCUGAACGCUGCUAAAGCCAGUGCCCAGGAGGAGCAGGCACGGCUCUGUGAGCAGCUCCAGAAACAACAGGUGUGCUGCCAGCACCAGGCUCAGCUGGGGGCCUCGGCCCUGAAGGAGCCAGAGGCAGCGGCCACAGCCACAGGGACUGGGAGCGAGUCUGGGUGUGGGGAGACCCAGCGGGCCCUGCAGGGAGCUCUCGACCAGCUGCAGAGAGACUUCAUGGACAUUUUGAAGGAGAAUUCAUACCUGAAGGAGCGGGUGGAAAAACUAGAGCUCGGAUUCAUUCAGCUCUCUGGAGAGAGAGACAUGAUAAGAAAGUCCGUCAAACCAAAUGACCGUCAGAGGGCAGUGGCCAAGACCCAGCACCAGAAGAAUGAUGUUAGCAUGCUGUCGCAGGCUGAGGAGGGGAUGAAGGUAAAGCUGCUGGAGCUGCAGGGGCCAGUGAUGCAGCUUAUGAUCGACCAUGAAGUCCAGCACCCUGCUAAUGAGCCCACUCCAGGGGCCCCAGCCCCCCAGGAGCCUGGUGCUGCUGACAAGGAUGAACUUUGUGAGGUGAUCCUCGCUGACAGCCUGCAGCCUGCAGGAGGGAGGGGUACACCAGAACCCCACUGCACAGCAGAUGGCACAUGGCUUUGUGAGCUGCAGGACAGCCAGCAACACCGACCCUUGGGCAGCAGUCCCUCCACGCCAUGCUUUUACCAGGCUGUGGGCGAAGGAGCGGGUAAACAUCACGAUCAGCUAAGAGCUGGCCCAGAAGUUUACAAACGAACAAAGUUAUAGGGUUAGUCUUCACGUUUACUUCAUUUGAAUGUUAGAGCCACUUAGGAUGAUUUGUGUUUCUAAUCUAUAGUUUAUUUGUAAAAAGUUAAAGGAGAGUGGAUCUUCGUGUGGCUCUCACUGAUGUUCACUUUGGCAUUUUUUAGAAUAUUUCAUUUUUAAUUUGAUAAUCGUAGGUCAUUAGCAUGCCUAUCGAGUUUGCCCUUACAUGGUGGGAGUUCAAACACACAAAGACCCACUAUUGACACAAAACUAUUCUCGCUAGUUUGGAAUAGGCUGCCAUGGUUUUUUAAUGUUAUUGCAGCAUGUGUAUUCAUUAUGGAAUUCAGAUACAAUUUGCUUAUGUUCUGCUAUGAUAUUUGAUCAAAUCCUAUUUACAGUGAGCUCUUAAUUAGCUCAAUAUGUGCUUUGCCCUCACGUGCACACUGUUUAUUACUUUGUAAGAUGCCACUGUGAGUACUGACAUUUAGAGUUGUUGAAAGGCCGAGAACUGGAAACAGCCUUUCUUCCUUGUUCUGUGUAUUGCAAAUGGGAGUAAUAACAUUUUGGGGAGCUUUUAAAAUCUCACAGAAGAGGAAAGCGGCCUGCUCUGGCUGGUAUGUGCAGAAUAGAGUAGUUCAUUGGUUCCCGUGCCAAGAAUGAGUGCUGCGCUAUGGUAGUUCUUUUAGGGUUUUUCUGUGCUCUGGGCUCAUGAAGAUACUGCAUGAUAAGCUGCAGCAGCUGUACUCUUUUUUAUGACCUACAAAGAGAUGAUUUCUGAGGAAUAAAAGGCUCCCAUCUUUGACGGUGGAUGUGGAAAACCUUUCCUAGCUUAGAGCAUUUACAUCUAUAAUACAUUGUAAAGUCAGAGCUCCUGUUACCUGUUUUAAUCCCCUGACUCUAAGUCUCAGUACACAAAAGGGCACUGGUUGGCAUUCUUCUUAAUGUAUUUAGUAAAGGCCAUAAGAAAUCCUUUAAGAUAAAGUGUAAUUUAUAUAUAUAUACAUAUAUAUUAUAUACAGGAAUGGAAAUUUGUAUCUUAGAAUGGAUAGGCACUAAAUAUUGAUGACUGAACAGUUAAUGUUUUAGGACACUUGGUAUAGUGAGUGCCUUGCACACAGAAAAAGACCACGGAUGAGAUUAUCCUUUGUAUCAUUUCACAGUUUUAAAAAUUGCUAUUGAUUACAGUUCACAUAGCAAGUUGCUGAUAAAAUGUCUGUUUUCAUAAAACAUCUCCAACAACAACAAAAUCCUUUCAGAGUUUAAAUGUCCAGAAAAAAAAUAAAAAUUUUAAUAAAAAAUUUAAAAAAGUUUAAAUGUCCCUGGAACAGGCACACAGGGUGUAGUCAAGAAUGGACUAGAGUGCAGGAAAGCCGUGUGACACCUGGCGUCCCUCUGUGUUCACGGAGCUUCUUUGAGGCGAGAUUGACUUGACCGUCCAGACUUCUCUGGCUAAUACCUAUUCUUCAACCACCUUGGUUACUCUGACAUAGGAAUUGCCUUGUUUUUCUUCAAUGAAAAGGACUUUAAACAAUAAUCACAAACCAAAAAUAAUAAUCACAAACAUUAUUAUAAACUAAUAUAUGUGAGAGUACUUGGCUGGAAAAAAAGGAGUUUCAGUAGACAGAAUUGUACUAUAUUUGACAAUCAAAGAGAAGUUUAUGCAACGUAAAAUGUUUAUAGCCUGCAGUGCCAUCUACUGUUUGUGAAUGUCAAUGUAUUAAAUCAGGAAAAGUGUCUAACAAUCACAGAGUUCUAUUUCCUCAGCAAGUUCUUUACCAAGAGAGAAAUAUGUUUUUAUACCUUUCAGUUUCAGUUAGAGGCACAUUUUGUGCAACAUUUAUGUUAAUGUGUCUCUACAUUAUGAAUGAAUUCUUUCAGUCAGACAUUGCAUAAAUCAUAACUUUAUGAUGGUUGGGACAGAAUCAACAGUUGAAACUUCAUGAAGUUCUAAUGUCCAUGUACCAAAAUACCUCCCAUUGUUAGGAUGGAGGGAGAUAUGCAUGUGUGCUCCCUGAAGGGGAGAUUCCUAGUUACUGACCGUCUCCACGUUUAGCAUUUGGCAUCUUCAUGAUACUUUCAUAAAUAUGGCAUUAAUAGGAGAGCACUCAUACAAUUUGACAGAUGGAAUAACACAUUUGCCUGCAUUCCCUGAAAGAGUACAAAUAUUGGGUCCUGGUGAUUUGAACUGACUCUUCCAAAUUGUAGGGAUUUAUCAAUGUAUCAGAUAAACCCAGUUUCAGAACGAUCAAGGAAAACUGUUAGACCAAAUAAUGCGGCUAAUUAACAGUGGUAUGAUUUCUAGCCGGGGGCUUAAAAUGGACUUAAAGUUCUGUUUUGUGUUUUAUUUCUGAACUUGCCGCUUUUGCAUUCUUUGAGUUCAGUUUAAAGACAGUUACUCUAAGUCCAUUUUCAACCCUCGGGCUAGAAAUCGUACCCCUGUUAAUCAGCCACAUUAUUUGGUCUAACAGUUUUUCUUAAUCAUUCUGAAACUGGGUUUAUCUAAUACAUUGAUAAAUUAUUUCAAAGGGAUUUUGAUAGUUCAAAUCACUUCACUUUUACCCUAAGAAAUACAAAUGACUAGGAAUGACCUUCAGAUAGUGUUUAGCAUCUGUACCCAAUCUGAUGAUAACGUGUUCAUCAGGUACCUGUGGAGUAAAUCCCAUACAGGCAUGUUUAAGCUGAAUGGCAGUCAGGAAAAUACAUUUACUAUAUUAACCGAAAUAUCACUCUGAGUAGGCAUUUUGUCAUCUAUUUAAGACAAAUCUAAAAGAACGGAAAUCACAUGACAGUGACUUAAGUCUUUCUUCAAAGUGCACGUGAGUCUCCUGCAGUACUUCAUUCAGCCAAGUGUCUGUUCUCUUCCUCAUUCAGUAGAAGGCAGCUUUCAAUUGGCUUAGAAGGCAACAUCAAGGUUAGCGUUCAUCAAAAACACAGAAUUUUAAAAUGUGUGUUCAACUGACCAAAUUUGAAUUUCUGUAGGAAGAAUCAAAAUACCUGUUUAAAGAUUGCAAAAUAUGUUACUCAUUUUUAAAGGAUUUUAUUAAACCUGAUAGGUUUUCCAGAAAUGAAUAAAACUCAGUUCUAAAACCAAAGCUGAUUUUUAGAAAAUUUGAAAAUGUAAAUCAGUCCUAUCCUAUCCACAAUAUAGUUUCUCUAAAACUUUAUCUUAAAGAGUUAUUUAAAAUAACUAUUAAAAAAAUAACUGGUCUCUUAAUGUUUUGAAA